AGAAUGGUUCAGGUUAUCGACGACCUUGAGAUGAUUUCGAGAUAAAUUUUUGAUUGCGUUGCUUUCCCGUAAAAACUCUCCGAAUCGUGGAGAGCGUGAACCGACGGUGUUUUGCGCUUCGAACAAGGAUGUCAAACAAUCUUGGCGUUUGGCACAAAACAACCUUCGAGGCCGCCAAGGAACGUCAACAAACUUAUCAAGCCACUGUCACUGUUGCAGGCCACAAGCGCAACUACGAUCAGACUAAUACGGCUGGUCAUUCAGGGUCGUCAAGGCCACCUCCGCCGUCAAACCAGGGUCAGAACAAUGCCCGCCCUCGGCAGGUUCCGGCUUUGCCCCGGGAGUCGCCUCGGCUCACUGCGAGUAAAAUAACUACACUGGAAAAUGGCAUCAAAGAUACCAUAUCCGAGUAUUCACAACGUCGUCAAUUCCAGGCGACGCCUACACUUACAGCAGAUCCUUUGCUUUCGCUCUCUCAUCCGGCCUAUGCCCUACCAAACCAGUUGGUACAGAACUUUGCUUCCCUCGGCAUCCAUUCCAUCUAUCCCUGGCAAAAACAAUGCUUGCUCGGGCCAGGCCUACUCCGAGGCCAGAAAAACUUGGUUUACACAGCGCCAACGGGUGGUGGCAAGUCGCUCGUUGCUGAUGUUCUUAUGCUCAAACAAGUUGUUGCAGAACCGGGCGCGAAGGCGUUGCUGGUACUGCCAUAUGUUGCUCUUGUCCAGGAGAAAGUCGCUUGGCUUCGUCAGGUGGUCCAGGGCAUGGUUCGUGAGAGCCCAGAUGCACAUGUCAGGAAUAAUGGCAAGGAAACCAUUUGGCGUAGACGUGCUGACGAGGAUACUAUCCGUGUUGUUGGAUUUUUCGGCGGAAUCAACAUCAAGCCGAGAUGGGCCGAUUUUGAUAUUGGUGUGUGCACUUUGGAGAAAGCAAAUGCACUUGUCAACACAGCAAUUGACGACUGCUCAAUCAAUCAACUUAGGGUUGCAGUUCUGGAUGAGCUACACAUGAUUGAUGAUGACCACAGGGGCUAUUUAUUUGAGCUUCUAUCCACAAAGCUUCUUUGCCUUGAUCAUCCAAUUCAGAUUAUUGGCAUGAGUGCAACCUUAACUAAUGCAAAACUGCUCUCCACUUGGCUGGGUGGACACCACUACGAAACCGGAUACCGUCCAGUUCCUAUAGAAGAACACUUGGUGUACGAUGGCAAAGUAUAUUCUGCUGCGACUACGAGCAAUCUUCUCAGGACCGCCUGUCAAAUUAAUGGUACUGCUCCGGUAUCACAAAAGCCCAGCCAUCCCAUGCGUGAGGUUGCGAGUUCUUCCCACAAGGAGCUCUCAAGUCCGGUCCUCAAUGCAGUGGUGGCUCUGGCCAACGAGACAGCAAUGUUAGGGUAUGGAGUGCUCAUUUUCUCUAGCAGUCGAGCUAUAUGCGAGUCCAACGCGAUUUUGAUCAGCCGAACAAUGCCAUCUAUCAACGACAUUGAUCCCUCGAUUUUGGACAGGAGGAAAGACCUUUUGGCGGACCUGGCCAGUCUGAACUGUGGGCUAGACCCUAUUCUGUCACAGACUAUUCCCUACGGAGCCGGGUUGACCUCGGAAGAGCGUGACCUAGUUGCAAAGGCAUAUGAUAAUGGUAUCUUGAAGAUAUGCGUCGCUACUGCCAGUCUAGCAGCAGGCAUCAACCUUCCUGCACGAAGGGUCAUUCUUCAUAGUGCACGCAUGGGAAGAGAUCUUGUCGGCCCCUCGAUGCUUCGGCAAAUGCGAGGAAGGGCCGGCCGGAAGGGUAAAGACGAAGUUGGCGAGACAUAUCUUUGCUGCCAGUCUUCAGACUUGGAUAAUGUCUUGGGUCUAAUGCAUGCAGAGCUACCCCAUAUUUCGAGUUCUUUGACUACGGAUCGGCAAAGAAUUCAAAGAGCUCUUCUCGAAGUGAUAGCAAUACGGUUGGCCACUAGCCGCUCUUCACUAGAUGAGUAUAUUCACAAAACCUUGCUUUACCACUCGGCGGAUGUAGAAGAUAUCGAGGCACAUGUUGAGACAAGUCUUGCGAGCCUAGAAAAACUCAAGUUCAUCACCAUGGGAGACUUUCAGACAUAUGAAGCGACCCAGCUCGGCAAGGCCAUUGUUGCAGGGGCCUUGGACCCAGAAGAUGGUACUUUUAUUCACAAUGAGCUCAAAAAAGCACUACAGGCGUUUGUCAUGGAUGGCGAUCUGCAUGUGCUCUAUACCUUCACCCCAGUCCAUGACUUUGCUUCAGAGAUCAACUGGCGUGUGUUUUGGAACGAGAUGGAGGGCCUCGAUGAGAGUGGACUUCGAGUGUUGAAGCUUUUGGGGUUGAAGCCCACGGUCAUCAACAGAAUGGUGCAAGGCGGUCAACUCAGACAAGUGACAGAUGAGGAGAAAGACUUGGCCCGCGUCUACCGUCGCUUUUACAUGGCUCUGCAACUGCGAGAUCUCUGCAACGAGAUGCCUGUUCAUGUUGUUGCGAGAAAGUACGAUGUGCCCAGAGGCACAGUACAGAACUUGGCGCAAAACUGUCAAGGCUUUGCGGCGGGGAUGAUCAAGUUUUGCGAGCAUAUGGGUUGGGGUGCUAUGGCUUCCGUGUUGGACCACUUCUCGGAUCGCCUCAAGGCAGGGGCGAAGUCUGACUUGCUAUCGCUUGCCAAGAUUACUUUUAUCAAAAGCCGUACAGCCCGUGUAUUCUGGGACAAUGGCUUCAAGUCAGUUGCAUCAGUGGCCAAUGCCGACCCGGAACAACUAGUCCCGAUCCUCAUGCAGGCUCAGUCGAACAAGAUCCGCUUGAACGCCCAGGAUGACAGACAGGUGAAGGAGAAGCUUCUGAUCAAGGCGAGGGCUAUAACAGAAUCUGCAAAUAGACUGUGGCAACGGGAGAUGCAGGAAGAGCUUAUGGAGGAAGAGCAAUAGAUAAAGGUCGCUGCAUUUAGGGAUGUGCGUGAGUGCAUCGUCGACCGUUGUUUAGCAGGUGCACUCACUACGGUCAGACCUGGCCGAGUGUGAGAGCUUUGUAAUCUUCUGGGUAUUCAAAGCAAGUGUAUGCCAAUCUUUCUCGACAGACGUAUGAUGACUAUACUUACCAAAGGAACCCAUGAAGAGCGGAUAGAGAGAGAGAGAGAGACAGAG